AUAUUUAAAGGUUUAAAUAAAUGUGUAUCACGUGUUUUAUUGCACUUCCGUACUUAUGUUGACAACAAGAAGAAACAAGCAAAUAAUUUUCAAAUUUUUAUUUCCUGCGGACGUUUCGUUUCCUUUUCAUACGUCAGGGAAGCUUCGAUAAAAUUUUCAAUUAUAGUAACUGUGAAUUUUCCAAAACGUCUUCCUGCUAUUAAUAGUUGCAAGAGGAAACAGUACUGCAUAAAAUGUCUAGGAGAUGGCUUGGAAGCCAUAAAAAUGCACAUGGGAAUGAAAUGGCAGAGCAUCAAAAACAGUUAGAAACAAGACUUCAUGUUCAAGAAGAUCGUACAAAAAUGUUAGAAAAACAGAAUAGUGAAUUGAAAAAAGAAUUAGGUAUAAUGGCGGCAGAAAAGAAUGAAUUACUUAGCAGACUUAGUCGUAUUGCUGGAGAUCAGAUGUCUAGAGGGAAUCCAGAUAUUGCUGAUUUGAGUGACCCUAACAGACCAACAAAGCUGGCCGAAAAAUGGAACUCCCUAUACACGGAAGAGUGGUUAGAUGCUUACGAAGAACUAAAAAAGCAGAAAAAUCAAACACAGAUUGUUGAAAAACAGCUUCUAGAUAUACUUGUGCUAUGUUAUCACCAAUGUCAGGCUAUUGCAGACGAUCAAGUUACGAGACUGAGAUUUACACUAGAAGAAAUAGAAAACUACAUGAAGGACACAGAUACAAACCUUAAUAUGUCUCAGAGCAGACGUGCAUCUAGUGCUCGACUAGAUAGAAGUAUUGGACGAAGAUUUAUGGACGACAUAAUCAAUACAUACAAACAACGAAGAUGUAGAGAUUCCGAAUGGAUACAAGCCGUUACGAAGAAGUGCGCAAAUCAUUAUAUUUCAAAUGGCGGAGUACAUUCAAAGCGAGUCUUGUCAUAUGUUACCAAAUGUGCUGAAUUGUGUUGGUUUAUGCGUGUUCACAAUCCACCAAUGGUUAUCGAGUACGAAUUUUACACCGGUCAGGAUAUUGAUAGAAAUAAAUUCAAUCUUUACAGUGGGAAAGGAACGAAAGUUGACUAUAUAGUGUGGCCAGCCUUAUUUUUAAACAGAGGAAACGGCUACAGUGUAUUAGCAAAAGGAACAAUCCAGCCUGUUUCAGAAAAUCAUAGACCACUUCCGAAAAGAAAAAGUAGUGAAAAACUAAACGAUGGAGUGACGCCAGUUCCGAUACACAAUAAAACGGAUAAGUCAAGAAUUCCGUCGACAUCGUCAAUGGGAGUUUCGAUGAAACAUAAAUCUGCAAUGAAAUCGUCAUUUAAAGCUACAGGCAAACAAGCAAAGGACCAAUAUGUGACAUCUCUAAGUGGCGUUAUCGUUGAUGUUGGUGCCGACAAGCAUGAUCAACCGGCAACUCGUUCAAGAAUAUCAAACCCUGAAAAACUUCUUCUUCCCGGCAAGCACAAAGGCGAAAAACUUCAUUCUACCAAACCAUUGCAAUAUACUGGAAAACAUCAGACUGAUUUUUCAAAGUCUGUGAAAAAACGACACAAAAUAGAUCAGCCAUGAAAUUGUAUGAUUAAGUAAAACUGAUAUCAAUUGUAGUAAUAAAAUUAUGUUUGAAAAA